AUGAAGAGGGACGCAACACUCGGUAUAUGGAGACCAGUCCUAGACUUGGCUGGGGGUGGAGUGAUGAGCUACCCAAACGGUACCCUCAUCAUCGAAGUGGUAUCUCUUUCUGAUGAGGGAAUGUAUGCAUGCAACGUCGAGAAUGGGGUGGGCGAUGCCCUGAACAAGAAUCUUUGGAUAAGUGUUAAUAAGCCGGUGCACUUUGAGUCAGUGGGCGCUAACCUCACUACAAAGAUGGGUCUCCCUGUCACACUCACCUGCCGCCCUCUUGGAGACAACCCCAUCAGAGUCAAAUGGUCACUAGAUGGAAAAGCCAUUGAUUUUACUUCAUCAAGACUCACAAUAUCAGAAACGAUGACUCGUAAUGGGCUGAAUAGUUUGAUUAACAUAAACUAUGUGGAGAGCAGAGACGGAGGAACUUACGAGUGUCGGGCCAGCAACCCUUAUGGCGUUGCUGCUUUUAAUGUGCAUUUGGAUAUACUUGAGCCCCCAACGCCUCCUCUAGACCUUCAAGUGGACUCAGUGACCAGUAACUCAGUGAAGUUAUCCUGGAGAGACACUAUUAGUACGCAUGUACAGUACUACACGCUGCAGUACACGACUAAUGACUUCAUGAUGUGGGAUACUGCCAAGAGUAUGAAUAUUACUAGGCAAGAGAAUGAUGUUCGUCAGAGUAUCGAGUUGAGAGAUCUGCAGCCAGCUAUGGACUACAGAGUUAGAAUAGCAUCAGGCAACCAGGUGGACUUGAGUCCUUAUACGCAGCCAGUACAUUUUAGUACACAGCAAGAAGCACCAUCAUCAACUCCACUAGGAGUGCAAGUCCAACAGACAGAGAGUCCUGGAGAACUGAUUGUAUCAUGGCUGCCACCGCCACGAGAGAGUCACAAUGGACAACUGCAAGGGUAUCAUGUGAAAGCCGUCCCUAGAAUCAGUGGGGAUCCAGUGCCCAACGACACUCAAACGAAGAUCGUGAAGGUGAUGUCCAGAAAAGGGAAACAAGAGACAACGCUAAGUGGACUAUUAAAAAAUACGAGGUAUGCGGUGUCAGUGAGUGCUUUCAAUUCAGCUGGCAAUGGUCCCUUCUCAUUACCUGUUUACCAGACAACGAGAGAAGGAGCUCCAGAACUACCUCCAUCAGGAGUAGAGUGUAGAGGAGUAUCUUCAUCGUCCUUGAGGAUUGCGUGGCAGCCAAUCACAGCUCAGGGAGCAUCGCUUCUUGGAUACUCAGCGUAUUAUAGUACUGAAGAUGGACCAUGGCAGAACAUAAGCUCGUCCCACACAGAAUUGUAUCUUCAAGCUUUACUAAAGUACACAAACUAUACAGUGAAAGUAGCUGGCUUCUCAAACUAUGGAUUGGGACCAUUUUCCUAUCCUAUUGUUUGUACUACGUUACAAGAUGUGCCCGGUCCACCUUCAGCCAUAAAAGUCUUGGUGUCAUCACCCACGUCACUCCUCGUCAGCUGGAAGAGACCAGAGGAAGCCAAUGGAGACAUUUCACAUUACACUGUCUAUGUGAAACCAGUGUCGAGCACCAGCUCACCACAAAACUACAGAGUGGAAGCUGCACAAGAGACUAAUCUCCGCCACCUGACGUUCCCGGUGUCGGGGCUGGCCACGGGCCGACAGUAUGAAGUCUUCGUCAGAGCUCACACUGCCGUCGGAGAAGGGACGCCUAGCAAUAGACUUCACAUUGAAUUGAGUUCUAAAGUGGUGGCGGGAGUAGCGUCCCUAGGCGGAGUAGUGUCAGUGGGAGUGGGCAGCUCCCUGCUCCUGGUGUGCCAGUGCGUGGGCGCGCGCUCCGCCGCGCAUGUUGGUACCACAAGCACAACAUCAUCACGCACCAUCCCAGGUUCACCAGGAACCAUGACGACAGCUUGUUGA